ACUCUGGUCUGAUUUUAGGGCUCUUGGAGUGCGCGAUGGAGGUGACUCCGCACGCCGAUUUGCUGCUGCUGCAAUCGCGAAUGAAGGAGGAUCCCGGCGGGUAUGAGGCAGAGCUCGAUUUGCAGCUGCGGCAUUUCAAGGCGUGCUUGGGUGUUCUUGAACUGGAGGCGCCGGAUGCUGGGAAUGGGAACGUUUCGUUUGCCGCUCUGGCGCCCGAUCACGCGGCCGCCAAGGAGCUGGGCGAUAUGGCGAUGUUUCUAGCUCAUGUUACGCCCUCGUAUCCCAAGCAGCUGGCUGGAUUUCCGCAUCAGCUACUCAAUUUACUCAAGAAUGCUAGCAAUCGUCUUCCAUCGUCUUUGCGUUGUCACCUUGCGCAAGCUCUCAUUCUUCUUCGCAAUCGAGAGAAAAUUUCUCUCGUGGAAGUCUUGCCAGUGAUGAUAAAGCUUCAAUCCUCAGGAGACAAAAAUCUCAAAAAGUUUGUCUCCUCCCACCUUUUGCAGAACAUCUCUCGCAUGAAUCGCAAGCACAGGAACGAAGCCAAGAACAGGUCCUUGCAGAACAUCAUCUUUCCAGUAAUCCAGGAAGACGAUGAAGCUCGUGCAAAGCAUGCUUUCGUCUUGACUUGCGAGCUCUACAGGCGAAAGGUGUGGAUUGAUCCGCAAACUGCGAAUGCCAUCUGCAACGCUUGUUUCCACAAGUCUCCGAGAAUUAUGAUAGCUACCUUGAAAUUUCUUCAUGGCUACGAAAAUAAAUACGAUGAAGACAGCGACGAGUCCGAUCAAGAAGAUGACACACCCUCGGGAGCUGUUGGUGUGAGCAAGGAAGCCAUAUACAAGUCACAACACAAAGGCACGGUUUCGAGCAAGAAGAAGAAGCAAGCUAAGAUAGAGAGGGCCAUCCGUAGCUUGAAAAAACAGCAGCGGAUAAAAGCGCAGGAGGAAAAAAAAGGAAGCUUUGCACCUCUCGAGCAUCUGCGAGAUCCACAGGAAUUCGCGGAGAAGUUGUUUGCGCGUUUGCAAAACUGUAACGAGAAAUUUCAGGUGAAACUUAUGAUGAUUAUGGUUAUUUCGCGAUGCGUGGGGAUGCAUCAGCUUUUACUACUCAGUUUCUAUCCUCAUUUACAGCGCUAUGUGUCGCCUCACCAACAAGAUGAAACUCAGCUGCUUGCGGCCGCAGUUCAGGCAUGCCACGAUAAGGUUCCAGUUGAUGCAGUAGAACCAUUGCUGAAGCAACUGGUGAACUCGUUUGUGCAUGAUCGCUCGCGGCCUGAGGUUAUUGCCGUCGGUCUAAACACCGUUCGUGAGAUUUGUGCUCGGAUGCCACUGAUCAUGACAAGAGACCUUCUUGAAGAUCUUUCAAUGUACAAAAAAUCCCGAGAAAAAGCAGUAUCUGCCGCUGCGAACUCCAUCAUUGGACUCUAUCGCCAGGUUAAUCCAUCACUUUUAAUGAAGAAGCACCGUGGUCGCGGCACUGAUUUAUCCGUGGAACCAAAGGCUUUUGGUAAAGUCAUUGUUCACACCGACGUGCCGGGCGUAGAGCUUUUGGCGGAGCAAGAGGAGGACGAAGACAAUAGUGGAGAGUGUGGAGACGAAGAUGACGAAAGUGGAAGAGAAGAGGAAGAAGAAAGUAGCGAGGAGGAGGGUGAAGGCAGUGGAGAAGAGCUAGAAGAUGACAACGACGAAGAAGACGAAGAAGAUGACGAAGGCGAAGAUGAUGAAGACAGUGGAGAUGACAACGAAGGGUCAGAUGAAGAUGUGCCCGAGACUUUGGAAAAGAAACUGAAGAAUGGCGAAAUGAAACAGGUUGCGACGCUUAAGCGAAAGAAAAUGGACGGCGAGGAAUCAAACCUUGACGACAUGAGCUUGAGCCAACUUAAAAGGUUUGCGGGUAGCAAACUGGAGGAUGACGAGGUCUCUGGCGAUGGCAUUUUAUCAAACGAAGACUUCCGACGAAUUCGAGAGAUCCAGGCCAAGCGAGAAGCUGAAAAUGCCCUCUCCAAUCACGGGCUUAGGAAAAUCGCUUCGGAGUCACAAAACCAACGUCCGCUUGAUCCUUCAAAACUAGAGGCAAACAUACGAAGAAAGCAAAGCAAAGAAGAGAGAAUUGCUUCGUCCAAGGCCGGAAGGGACGACAGAGGCACCUAUACUUCACGAGCAGCAGUAAAGAAACGAAAGACCGGAGGCUUGAGUAAUCGCCAAAAAGAGAAGAAAAAGAACCUCCCAGUGGCUGCUCGGCGCAUGAAAUCCGCUCGAACUCGCGAGCAUCGAAAAUCCAAGGCUAGAUUGACGAAGAACUUCCGUGGAAAGAAAGCAUGGAAAUAAAGUAUUCUUUGGUUAUGUUAAAAGCACGCUACCAGAUUAAUUAAGCUGGUGCCAGUGGUUUCGGUUUC